AGACUCGACGAUCGUGUUCGACUCGACGACAGGGUACUCGCCCAUCGUGUUCGACUCGACGAAUGCAAUCGACGAUCGUGUUCGACUCGACGAUCGUGUUCGACUCGACGAUCGUGUCCGGCUCGACGAUCGUGUUCGACUCCACGAACGCAAUCGACGAUCGUGCUCGACUCGACUAUCGUGUUCGACUCGACGAUCGUGUUCGACUCGACAACCGUGUCCGACUCGACAAUCGUGUCCGACUCGACGUGUUCGACUCGCCUAUCGUGUUCGACACGACUAUCGUGUUCGACUCGACGAUCCGUCACUGUCGUGUUCGACUCGACGAUCGGUCACUGUCGUGUUCGACUCGACGAUCAGGCAGUGCUGUGUUCGACUCAACUAUCGUGUUCGACUCAACGACCGGGCAGUAUCGAGUUCGAGUCGACGAUUGGGCAGUGUCGUGUUCGACUCGACUAUCGUGUUCGACUCGACGACCGGGCAGUGUCGUGUUUGACUCGACUAUCGUGUUCGACUCGACGAUCGGGCAGUAUCGUGUUCGACUCGACGACCGUAUUCGAGUCGACGAUCGGGCACGAUCGUGUUCGACUCGACGAGCGUGUUCGACUCAACUGUCGUGUUCGACUCGACAAUCAGACAUCGGGCGCGAUCGUGUUCGACUCGAUUAUCGGGCACUGUUGUGUUCGACUCGACGAUCGGGCACGAUCGUGUUCGACACGACGAUCGGACACGGUCGUGUUGGACUCGACGAUCAGGCGCGAUCGUGUUCGACUGGACGACCGGAAGUGCCACGUGGCGUUACGUGGUUGCAUCUCGGCUGCGUCGUUGUGUCCUCACCGUCCGAUCCUUCAAACUCGGGGUGCUCCGCUGUGGUUGUGCAUCCCGAUCUUGGGCCGUAUGCUCGCCACGUCGUCGCGCUGAACACGCCUCUCAACAACGCUGUGGUCCGCCGUCGCGUCGAGCAGGUGGUCUGCUAUGCACGGACUGAAUCCCUGCGCUCCGUUGCCGCGCUACAUGUCUCGUGCAUGGCUUGUGGUGUGCAUGCUAUGCCACGGCAGGCUUGCAGCACAACCUUGGAAAGCAUGGACUGUGUGGCGUCUAAUACAAUGCUCAAUGAGGAUUUUCCUCCACCGCMCCUGCCAAUGUGUUCACAAGAUGUUCGAAGUGGUCACGAACAUGUCGAUAAUGCUCCGGAAUCUCCUGCUCUCUAUUGCUUUAAACGAGAUGAAAACAAAGCAUAUGCUGGACCCGAAUUACCAUUUGUGCCAUCACCUGUUCCGCCAUCAGCUUCUCUGCCUACUAAAGAUAGGAAUUCAGAUUUCGAAUCGGGAAUUGAAGGUGUGAAGACGUUUGUUGGGUGGUUGGAGAACAAGCGGCACGAGUGGUUGGGAAUGAAAGAUGAGGUUAGCUUCUCAAAGGAGAGUGCUCUUUCACACUGGAAAACUUUCCUCGAGACAGUCGAGGAGCAUUACGGGUCUGGGUUUGCGAAAACUUCACUCAAGGCUGAAUUCUGGCCCUCACAAGACAAAAUUAAGAAGGAUGAUCCAGAUGAUAUCGAUAUUGCCUUCCUCUUGAAGAGCAAUGAGAAUAAGGAGUCGUUGUUCGUUGGACCGGCCAAUGAGCGUCCAAAGGCGGAACUCAACCUAGUUGUGGAUAUCGAAAAAGGUCAAUUCGUUCUCUUGCGUCCUUCCCAAGAUGAUAUCGAUGAGGGAGUUCCUGUAUGGAUGGGUAAAGUCAUUUCCGAUGUAGACAACGAUAUGAAGUCGUCAACUUUCAAUCAUAUUCUUAUUGAAUAUUGGGUGCCACAACCUAUUGAUAAACGUCUUUCUGUGCAAUAUUCGAACGCAUGGAAGAAGACGUGGAAGAAAGACAACACAACAUCACAACAGUGACAGCAUGUAGACUGUGUUGUGUGGAGCUGGACAUCAAAGACAUUGCAUUUAGAAAAUGGAGUGCACAUUCCAAAAUCGGCCAGAAAGAAGGUCUUGGUAUGUCUUUCACUUCCCGAUAAUGAAGAUCAGUAUGCUUAUUAAACCCCUGAAUUGAGCUUGGUGAUAG